CCUUUCAGUGUCUAUUAUGCUAGGGACAGGAAGAGAUGGACAUGUUUUGUGAAUCUGUCUUAGAAACAAAUAUGUUAUCAAUAACAACAAAUAUUAUCAAAUCGCUUAGAAUGGUUAUAAAUUGUAAACUUGUGAGUUUCGUAAGAUAAAUGAUAAUAGUUGUCAAAACAUACCUAGUUAAUCCAUGUGCGUGUGACUAGUUGGUCAAGUGGUUCUUGUGUCAUAAUGUCUGGAACAAAAAAAGUGUUUCUUGGAUCUAUUGUAUCAUCGUCUUCAUUUAAAAAUUUGUCAUUUGCCGGCUACUUGGCCACUGAGAAUGGAAAGAUUAUUAAAUUGGGUUCAAAUGAAGAUUAUAAGUCCUUACAAGAAUCCGGAGCAUUUACUGAUUACAAAACCAUAACUUUGAAAGCAGAUCAGCUGCUAAUACCUGGGUUUGUGGACUGCCAUACUCAUGCCCCGCAGUUCCCUAACUUGGGCAUUGGUCUCGACAGACCUUUGUUAGAAUGGUUGGACAAAUACACUUUCCCCCUGGAAAGCCAGUAUAAAGAUGUGGAAUUUGCUGCCAAGGUUUACGAUAAGGUUGUGCAAAGACUUCUAGCCAAUGGCACCACAACCGCCUGCUACUUUGGCUCUCUGCAUCUUGAAGGAACUAUUGAGCUGGCGAAGACUGUGCUGAAACAUAAACAAAGGGCACUGGUAGGGAAAGUCAGCAUGAACCUCAAGAAUGAUGCCGGAUAUUAUAAUGAGACCACUACUGAGUUGGACCAAGUGGAGAAGUUUGUGCAAACUAUUUUGUCUUAUAAGAAUGACUUGGUGCAGCCAGUAAUAACACCAAGGUUUGCAGUAAGUUGUGAUGGGCCUCUGAUGACUGGUUUGGCAAAGAUAGCCCAGAAGUAUGACUGCAGGAUCCAGAGUCACAUAUCUGAGAACCUGAAGGAAAUAGAAUAUGUGUUAGAAAUGUACCCAUCUUGCACAAGUUAUGGAGAUGUAUACGACAAAAGUGAACUCCUCAAUAACAAGUGCAUCAUGGCCCACGCGAUCCAUCUAACCGAAGCAGAGAUGUCGCUGCUGGCGGCGCGAGGAGUGUCGCUAGCGCACUGCCCCGCGUCUAACACGCGGCUGCGCUCCGGGCUGUGCCCCGUGCGCAAAUACCGCCAGCGCGGGCUGCGCGUGGGUUUGGGGACAGACGUGUCAGGCGGCGACAGCACGUCGAUACUAGACGCUAUGCGCAGGAGCAUGGACGUGUCCACGCAUCUGGACCUGCAGGCGGGAGGAGACAACGCCAUUAGCUGGAAGGAAGCGUUUUACUUAGCGACUAUGGGAGGCGCUGAAGCUCUAAAUCUGGAUCACAAAAUCGGGAACUUCCAAGUGGGCAAAGAACUCGAUGCUCUUCUGGUGGACGUGUACGCCGCCGGCAACAUCGAUCAGCACGAGUACUCCGUGGCCAAGAAUGAAGAGGAACGCGUCACAAAUCUCUUGCAGAAGUUCGUGCAUCUGGCCGAUGAUAGAAACAUCUUGCAGGUUUAUGUUAAGGGAGAAUUGGUAAAAGAUAUAAGCAAUUGAGAAAUAUCAAGUACGUUGGUAAAUACUACUGCCGAGUACAGUAGUGUACCACGAGAAACUCAAUACUGACAUAUACGCUAACGUCUACGUAAUUUACUUUCUAUACAACUCGCUCGCACUAAUAUGCCAGUACGAGCGAGAUGCAUAGAAAGUAAGUAACAUUUACGCUAGCAUUUAUGAAGGUUAUUCCCACUAGUUACCGCCAAGUUGUUACCAGUGGUAACUACUGGGAAUUUUUUUCCCACCUUUUAUCACUAGUAACUACUGGGAAAUUACCAGUGGUAAAAUGUGGGAAAAAAUUCCCAGUAGUUACCACAGGUAACAACUUGGUGGUAACUAGUGGGAAUAACCCAUUUAUGACAGUGUCAAACCAGUGGUAGAUGUACAGAUAAAAAUACAUUGAUAAAUUGAGAAUCAAUGACUGGAACUAUUCGUUUCCGGUGGCCGCACUUUAUUGAACAGAUAAUAUAUUAGUUAUAUUAGAUAGGUAUGUCGCUGGAAAUCAAUAAAUGAAAUGCCAUACUUUAA